AGAACCAGCGUAAGCAAGAUGAAAACGUUCAGUGUGGUCGCCCUGUUGGCAUUGGCCGUCGUCGCUAGUGGCGAAUGGAUCGAGAUCGAUUGGUCGAAGGUGAAACCGAUCGAGGAGUUCGAUCACUACUGGCAACGACUGCCGGCGGAGCUACAGUUUCUACGCUACGCCCGUCCCUCGCAGCGCAUCGUUAAUGGUGAGGAAGCCGUCCCCGGUCAGUUCCCGUACCAGAUUGCACUGCUGAGCAACUUUGCCGCUGGUGGUGGUCUGUGCGGUGGUACCGUGAUCACCAACAACUACAUCCUGACUGCCGCUCACUGUGUGGUCGAUGGAAAUGGUGCCCUUGCUACGGACGGUACGGCGAUUCUUGGUGCGCACAAUCGUAUCACGAACGAACCAACCCAGCAGCGUAUUGGAUUCGUGCAGUCCGGUGUGUCCGUCCAUCCGAACUACAAUGCGGCACUCAUCCGUAACGACAUUGCUACGGUGCGUUUAAACACUCCGGCUGUGUUUAACGAUCGCGUCCAACCGAUCGCACUUCCGGCUCGCUCCGAUAGCCGCACGUUUGCCGGUUUGAUUGGUACGGCGUCUGGCUUUGGGCGUACCUCGGACGCUCUGCCCGGUGCGUCGGAUGUGCUGAUGUUCACCAACAACCCGGUCAUGACGAAUGCCGCUUGCAUCAGUGCCUGGAACAUUAUUCUGGUGUCGGAUCAGAACGUGUGUCUGGAUGCUACCGGUGGACGUUCGGUGUGCAACGGUGACUCGGGUGGCCCACUGACGGUGCAGGAUGGUGGAAACAGUCUCGAGAUUGGUAUUGCAUCGUUCGUGUCGGCACAGGGCUGCGCCUCGGGCAUUCCAUCCGUGUGGGUUCGAGUGUCCUUCUAUCGGGACUUUAUCGAGCAGAACUCGGACUACGUGUUCGGAGCUUAGAA